AGUAGAUAAUUAAGUGUAGUUUGUUGUCGGCACCAAUUUUCACUCUUCUUCGAUAACCUAAGAUUUUCUUUCUCUAUGCACAAAAUCGUUGUCAUAAGGAGCUGAAAGUUCAAUCGAUUGCUUCAUCUGCUCCAAAGAAUAGAUCAAUGUUACACUGUUGUUUGCUACGAAUUCCACCGUUUCAACAUCAGGGCUCAUGAGAACUAAAUCAGCUGUGAAUAGAAGAUUUCAUCACAAAUCGUCCAUAACCCCAAAUCCAAACGAUUCUAUGUAUGGAUCUAAGUUCGAUAUACGUUUUCCUGCUCUAGCAUGUUCGAUUCUUAGUGUUGAUGCUAUGGAUAUUAGUGGAGAACUGCUUUGCGACGUGAAACAUGAUAUUAUAAAGAGAAGAUUAGAUUCAAAUGGCAACACUUUAAGAGGCAAGACAUGACGUAAUAGGCGCUACUAAGGUUUGUUCUCUGUCUUUCUGGACUGGAUAAUCUGUGAUUUUUAAAAUGGAAGAUUGAAACUAUUUCGGUAUGCUUUUCAUUCUAUUCUUUAGGAUUAAGUGAAAGGUCAGAUUCAGUUAGAGUAUUGUUUGCAUUUUCUGAUCUUAGAAGUGUUCGGUUUCAUUGUCCAUGGCUUGUUUGUUAUUAUGUUAAUUUGAUGAUUUUUUUUAAAAUCUCUUCAAAUUAAGUCUCUGAAGUUGGGACAGAAGAACUGAGUCUCUGCAAAACUGAGUCUUAACAAUUACAUCGUACGAAUUAACUAUUUGUGUAUCUAAAACUGUCUUUUAUGAAAAUAUCAUCCCUAACUAUUAUAAUAGAAAGUAUAAAUAUAAGUAUUCUCAGUUAUACAAUAUUCUAUCUAAUUGUGCAGAUGU